AUGGAACUGCAGUCGCUUAUAGACACGGUGAGUUUGCAAAAACUGCUGCUUCUGGGUGCCUUGUUGCGUUUAAUUCUUAUCGCGUAUGCAUUCUUUCAUGAUCAAUGGUUUAGGGUAAAAUAUACGGAUAUUGAUUACAUGAUCGUUGUGGAUGGGGCGCGACACAUGUGGAAUGGGGGCUCUCCUUUCGAUCGCACGACGUUUCGUUAUACCCCCCUUCUUGCUGCGUUAGUGAUGCCCAGCAUUUGGAUUGCGAAUCCCAUGGGAAAGUUGAUAUUCGCUUCUUCGGACUUAGGUGCGGCGUGGUAUUGUUACGGUGUGCUGAAAAGUUUUGCCAAGGAAAGAAGUGCGAAGUGGAUGGUGUCUUUAUUUAUCUUGUUUAAUCCGAUUGUUCUGAGUGUGUCCACACGGGGGAACAGCGACAUGCUGGUUACUUUCAUGAGUUUGAUGGUUUUGUCUAAGUUCGCUCGUCGUAAGUGCUAUCAAGCAGCGGCCGUUCUUGGUUUCGCCGUUCACUUUAAGAUAUACCCGAUAAUAUAUGCUCUUCCGCUUACCCUUGGUGUGUGGGAACAAUCUGUUGCGGCGAGCACAAACACGUGGAGACGGGUGGUCAAAACAGCAGUCGUCGUGUCAAUAUGCGCACUAAUGGCUGCAAUUUCCUUCGCAGUACCCACGGUCCUUUGUUACAUGAAGUAUGGACAACAGUACCUCAACGAGGCCUUUAUUUACCAUGUAUAUCGCGAAGAUCAUCGUCACAACUUUUCACCGUAUUGGUUGCUGAUGUAUCUCAACAUGGCGAGACGUCAUCUGGGACAAGGUGUUGACUUCUCCCCGCGCCUCGUUGCGUUUGCUCCUCAGGCAGUGGUGUUGAGUUUUGUAUCGUACAAACUCCGCCGCAACACGGCGCAUGCUUGCUGUGUGCAGACGGUGUUGUUCGUUGCCUUUAAUAAAGUGUGCACUGUACAAUAUUUUGUGUGGUUUAUCCCCUUUCUUGCGUUCCUUUUCUGUGAGCCAAAAGAGGUGGAGGACGACGAAAGUGGUGGCAGCGGUGCGUUCAAAUUUUUUUCCUGGGUGAAGGCGCUCGGUGUGGUGCUGAUGUGGGCAGCAACCAUUCCUCUAUGGGUCACCACCGCCGUGCCGCUGGAGUUUCACGGUUAUAGUGACUUUGCACAACUCUGGAUUGUUUCGUGCCUUUUCUUUUUGGCGAUGGUUGUACUCGCUUCCAUGUUAGCACGCAUUGCGUAUCGGGUUCAGUGUACGAAGUGUUCAGCGAAGUCGAUCAAAGUAGCUUAG